AUGUCUGCCGCAAAGAUGGACUUUUUUAGACCAGAUGAGUAUUUGCCAUUGCCGACUAAAGACCUCCUCUCUUGGAUCUUUGACAACCCUCCAUACGACCAAGACAAGCCCAUAUACAUCAAUCCACACAACCCCUCCGAGUCGAUUUCAUGUAACCAAGCACGAGUGUUGAUUCGAAAGCUGAUUGCUGGCCUGCGAGCAAACGGGUUCAAAAGGGGCGAUUGUCUCAAUGUCCAUUCGUUCAAUGACAUCUAUUAUCCAAUACUCUUUCUUGCAGUGAUCGGUGCUGGCGGUGUCUUUGCGGGCACGAACCCGGCCUACACUCAGUUUGAGCUGGCGCACCAUAUCAAAACCGCCCGGGUGAGCUUUGUGAUUUCUGAACCCGAGAUUCUGGAAAAUGUCCUUUUGGCGGCAAAAGACAACGACGUCUCAUCCUCGAGGGUUUGGGUGUUUAAUACUAACGGCAGGCCGUUGCCUGCGGGCCGUCGCUCCUGGACUGACCUCCUGAACCACGGCGAGGAGGACUGGGUUCGAUUCGAUGACUUGGAGACAUGUAAAUCCACGACUGCGGCAAGGCUUUUCAGCAGCGGGACUACUGGGCUUCCCAAAGCCGCUGUUAUCAGCCACUAUAAUUUAAUUGCGCAGCACGAGCUGCUCUUUGAAGUCGCUCCGGUGCCUUAUCAGAUUUCCCGGAUUGUGGCAGUGCCGAUGUUUCAUGCCUCCGCUGUGCCAUCGACUCACACCAGCGCGCUCCGAGCCGGACACGUCAUCUACGUCAUGCGCCGUUUCGACCUCGAAACGUAUUUGAAGUUUUCCCAAAAAUAUCAAGUCAGCGAAGUCUCAACCGUGCCCCCAAUGGCUGUUGCCAUCGUCAAAUCUCCCUUGUCCCAGCAGCCAUUCCUCAAGAGUGUCAAGAACGGCGCGGUAGGCGCUGCCCCACUGGAUAAGCAUGUCCAAGGGCAAUUCCGCGCCCUGUUAGGCGACGACGGGAGAUAUACUCAAGUAUGGGGAAUGACCGAAACUUCGUGCGUAGCGACUAGGUUUGUUUGGCCCGAGGAUGACACCACGGGUUCCGUAGGGCGGCCCAUCGCUUGCCUUGAGAUGAAACUCAUCGACGACGCGGGAAAUAACAUUUCCGCCUACGAUACCCGCGGCGAGAUCUGCGUCCGGGGCCCGACAAUCAUAUCUGGCUAUUUUGAAAACCCGCGCGCCAACGCAGAGUCCUUUGACGCUGAAGGAUUCUUCAAGACCGGCGAUAUCGGCUAUUGCGACGGCAAAAGCAAAAAAUGGUACAUUGUCGAUCGCAAAAAGGAGCUUAUCAAGGUCCGUGGGUUCCAGGUUGCUCCACCAGAGAUUGAAGCCGUGCUGCUAUCCCAUCCGCUGAUCAUGGACGCGGCGGUCAUCGGGGUGACGUUCCCCACAGACGAUAAGGUCGAGCAUCCUCGCGCAAUCGUGGUGCGGCAGCCGGUGAAAGAGGCGGAGAGCUUGACGGAGGAGGAGGUGAAGAAGUAUGCGGGGGCAAGGUUGGCAAAAUAUAAGGCCUUGACCGGGGGAGUGAAGUUUGUAGAUUCAAUCCCGAAGAACCCGAGUGGGAAGAUUUUGAAGAGGCUGCUGAGAGAGGAGGCGAAGAAAGAGAUCCAGCAGGGCUUGCCGGCUUCGAAGCUGUGA